AUGACAGCUCCGUUUGGCUCUGCGAUUCCCUAUGCCGAACCACAAUGGUACUCGCGGGAUUCCUCCCCGUACCACGAUGAGUCCCAUAAGAGACUACGCGCAUAUGUUCGAGAGUAUGUAGAGACGGAACUCAUGCCACAUGCUCAGGAAUGGGAGGAGCAGGGCUUUGUCCCAAAAGAAACUAUCAAGAGCUUCGCAGAGCAUGGAUUCUGCAUUAUAGACAGGUCUAAGAGGGAUUACAUGGGGGGAAUCAACUUACCAGCAGGCAUUGAGCCUGGGGAAUGGGAUAUUUUCCAUUCUCUGAUCGUGACCGAUGAAUUGAACAGGGUUGCCUUUUCCGGGGUGGUCUGGGGUCUCAGCGCCGGCAAUGGUAUUGGAUGCCCACCAAUUAUGAACUUUGGAAACGAGAAGCAGAAACAGAAGUACCUGCCUAGUGUCGCUCGUGGUGAUAUUAGAUUUUGCUUGGGGAUCACUGAACCAGAUGCUGGGUCAGACGUCUCUGGAAUCAAGACCGUGGCCAAGAAAGUCGGUAAUCAUUAUAUCGUCAACGGGGCAAAGAAGUGGAUUACCAAUGGGAUCUGGGCAGACUAUUGCACUGCAGCCGUUAGAACUGGCGGGCCUGGUCAUGAUGGUAUAUCUUUCCUGAUUAUCCCUCUAACAGCCAAGGGCGUCACUAGACGACGAAUGUUCAACUCCGGCGUCUAUGCAAGUGGCUCUACCUUCUUAGAGUUUGACGACGUUGAAGUGCCGGAGGAGAACCUCAUCGGCAAGGAGAAUGAAGGCUUCAAAUAUAUCAUGUCUAACUUCAACCCAGAACGCCUCAGCCUAGCCAGUGCCUGUAUCCGGCUCUCACGCGUCUGCGUGGAAGAUUCAUUCACCUACGCCACGACACGAGAAACGUUCGGCCAACCACUGUUAGCCAACCAGGUAAUCCGUGCAAAAAUCAGCAAGAUGGGCCAACUGAUCGAGCCCUGUCAAACGUUUAUGGAUCAGCUAGCCUAUACCAUCAAGCUUUCAGAGCAGACCGGACGAAAAAUUGAUAUUGGCGGAAUGACUGCUUUACUGAAGGUUAUGAGUACACGAUGCUUGGAGAAGGUGUGUCGUGAGGCUCAGCAGAUUAUGGGUGGAGCUGGGUAUAACAAGGCUGGUAAAGGGUCGAGAAUUGAGGCGAUUAGCCGCGAUGUGAGAGUUUAUGUUGUCGGGGGAGGAAGUGAAGAGAUUCUGCGAGAUCUUUCUGUUCGAGAGGAGCUUAAGCAUAUGCGUAAGGUUAUGGGGGCGCAGAAAAGAGCAAAGAUGUGA